AGGACGGCGGGCGCCCCCCGGGGACGAUGAAGACGGAGGGGGGCGACCACUCCAUGAUCAACCUGUCGGUGCAGCAGGUCCUGAGCCUCUGGGCCCACGGCACGGUGCUGAGGAACCUCACGGAGAUGUGGUACUGGGUCUUCCUGUGGGCCCUCUUCUCCUCGCUCUUCGUCCACGGGGCCGCCGGCGUGCUCAUGUUCGUGAUGCUGCAGCGGCACCGGCACGGGAGAGUCGUCUCGGUCGUCGCCGUCAGCGUGGGCUUCCUGGCCUCUGUCACGGGAGCCAUGAUCACUAGUGCGGCGGUGGCGGGCAUCUACAGGGUGGCUGGCAAGAACAUGGCCCCGCUCGAGGCGCUCGUGUGGGGCGUUGGGCAGACUGUGUUGACAUUAAUCAUCUCCUUUUCAAGGAUCCUCGCUACACUCUGAGGUUUCUGAGGGAACAUCGUCUUUACCUAAGGAAAUGGUUGUACAGAUUCCCUGAAAAUGGAAUUGUUAACCAGUGGAAAUGUACAAGAGUGUGGACAGAGGGAGUCAAACCCCUUGAGUCGCGUGGAAAGCCUGCCCUCUGGCGUUCAAGUGAUUGCACUACCGCACUGCACCUCACGUGCCUCGGGCCAGGCAAGGUGCACGGAGAUGGCACUGGAAGCCGCUAGAAGAAGCACCUUGUUCAGCUGCCAGCCAGGUUAACCUUGGUGUUGAAAUCACCACUCUCAACAGUGUUGUGUCAGGUUACAGGGACGUUUUGAGAAAUUGAUACAUGUGCCAAACUUCUUUCUUUGUGUUGACAUUGAUCAUGUAGCUGUAGAUGAGUGCUGUGAGCACACUUGACAUGAAUUCAGGUAACGUAGGAAGACUUUUUUUGCAAGCUAAACCCCGUGUGAAUGCUAAAUUCAGAGUCCUUUAAUAUGAGAGAAAUUGUUUGGUUUUUAAUGCUGAGCCAUUCUGGGACUUAGGGCUUUGAUGUGUUGAGGUAUUAUUAUGUGAGUAAUAAUAGUCUUCUUAAUGGAAGACUGGCUAAACUGUUUCAAGGACUCAAAGUAGGGUGCACACUUUUCAGUAAUAUAACACCCUUUUAGGAAUUCCCUCAUACAUAAUAUUCUAUUCAUACAAAUCCCAAAACUUUAUGGGUCACACACAGUCACUUGUGUGUCAUAAAAAUAUAAUUUGAAAUUUUUCUUAUAACUUUUGUAAGAAAAAGUCUGAAAUGCAUGUUGUAUUCUCCAACCCUUCUAAGGAAAACUUUUGCCUCGUAUGUCGUGGAGAAGCACCGUGUUGGCAUUGCAGUGUGAUGGCAUCGCUCAGUGCGUGCAUCGUGAUUUUUGAUGAAGCAGUCUCUCGCUCUGGAGUGCUGACUACUUAGAGUGGCCUAAAUUAGGCUGUGGAAAUAAAAAGUCUCAUUCAUAGAUUGGUAAUAAGUAAGUUACAUAGGAAGAAUAAUAAACAUCUUAUUUUGUAUAUGUGGCAAUGUUAUUAUUACCCUAACUAAAAACAGGGAAUAGAGUAAAAUUUAAGACUUGACAGACUGGCCCUUUCCCUAUAGCACAGAACACAUGUCCAAGGGACUCAGUUUAGUUUUCAGUUCUUACAGCAGGAAUGAGUUAAGUUUGUGUCUGUGGAUUAUUAAGUUUACUAGAAACUCUGGUCACAUUGAUUAAAAGUGGAAAUGUCCUCUGUAUAAAACAAUCUAAGAGAUUGGGGCAAUAUGCAGUUGCUUAUUAAAAAUGCAAGAAGUGGCAACGCAUCCAGACCUGGGCUGAGUCCUGGGUGGCGGGGCCCGGAGCGCUAGUACAGUCACACGUGUGCCGUCGGAGGAGGGCUGGUCGUGGCAGCGGGAGGGAUGGCCCAGCAGGUGGCCCAGGGCUCCAGCUGCUGCUUAGACAUUAGGCUGCUUUUAGAUUGCACUCAGUGCUAAGACUCGUGCUAUCAACACCCAUUUCAUUUCCUCUCUUGAAAGAAGGAUGUAUUAACUUACUAAGCUCUGGUGGGUGGUUCUUCAGCCAGUAUGGAAGCCAAUUUAGGGAUUUACUAAUACUGUGGCUUGGAAAGUUAACAAAAUAAUCAAUAACUAAUUAUUUAUGCUUGGAGACCCUUGAAGUAAAUCUUAAAAUUGAUUCUCUAUAUUUUGUGUACAACUCUACUAUUAUUUUCAUGUGUUCUUUGUACUCUUACUGUUUUCUAAAAUUAAACUUAGGCAUAACUUUUUCAAGUCAGUUUAGCUUUUCCUUUUCUGCUAGGCUCAGACCACUUUCUCUCCCUGCUGGCGUAAGUGCUAUUUAAAGCACUUGGGUCCUUCCCAGUGGAAAUACCAAUCUGUGGAAAUAGCUUCCGACAUCUAGAAUGCGUACUGAGUUCUGUGUGGCCACACUGUGAUUUAGGACGGUUGUUGUCCUGGUCUGGCUAAUAUGGAGUGCAGAAUUCCUAGUCCCAAGCCAAGAACAAAAUAAUUUAGACACACUGAAUGUGUGAGUGAAUGGACCAAUGAGAUUUAAACUCCCCUUUCUACUCUAGAAUGGAAGUAUCAUUGAGUGAUUAAUAAUUAGCUUGUAGAGCGUCCUGCAGUUAUCUCAUUGUCAAGUUGAUGUACAUUAAAGAUUGACAGUGUGUGAUUUCAAUCUAGGGUCUCUUUGAUCUCAGUUAUUUCCAUUGGGAUUUUGUGUAACUCACUCAUGUUGUUUGGAAAUACAUUUGACUAGUGUAAAUUGAUGGAAUUGCUUUAACAGCUGUUUACAUGCAGAGAUUUUUAAGAAGGUAGUGGUUUCCUAUAGAGCUAAGAAAUGUUUAAUGAUAUGUCUAUAUAUUCACUCAAAUAUAUUGUUAUAUACAUAUAUAGAGAGCUAUAUAUGAAUACAGUCUGAUCAGGAAGAUUUUGUUUAAUGAAUGCAUUCCUGUUCAGGUAGAGAAGUUCAUUUGUUUAGUGGAAGGAUCUUUAAGUGGAUUUGAGGAUGUUUGAAGGUUUGCUGGAGACCCUUGAGACACAACAGAAGUUCUCUGUGAUGCAGUUGGGCCACACUUUCUUAAAAUUUGUAUGUGUUUCAGGCAGGAAAUUUUCCUUAUGACAAGUGAAGGAAGGAAGGGGGAUCUGCUGCUGCUGGCAUGUCUUUAGAUUUAAAAUGUUUAGUGAAAUCAGCUCCCCAAAGAAGAAACUUGUAUAGCCCCAAAGUUAGUACUUAACAUACUGACUAGAAGCAUUG